AUGCUUCUCGUUUGGCAAUAUGUGUUUGAAGCGGAGAAGUUCAUGACGAUGCGCGGUAUUCUGAUGAUCGUUGUGAUGAAAAUCACUUCACUUUCGUUUGAUUUAGCCAGUGAAAAGCAUGUAAAUAUCCCGUUGCUGCAUCUGUGCUCCUACUUGCUGGAUGGCUCAACGGUGAUCUUUGGCCCAUGGAUCACCUACAAGCAGUAUAAAGAAUCUCUCAUUUUAAAAGAAUAUAAGGUAAGCUAG